GUUGCGUCGUUCUCGAGCGUCGGAUGUUACUUUGCAUGCAAUAGAUUCCGGAGAUCCCUGCCGCCGGGGUAGAGGCGCGGCUAGCGCGGGGGCGGCAACUAAGUUUUGUCGUCACGUAGUCAGUCAGUUACGCGCGCUUCGACGCUCCUAUUGUUUACUUUCUCGCUGUGGUAUUUGUGUGUAUCAAUUACCUUUUAGAGUAUUUCUCAAAGAAUGAGUGAAUUAAAAAAGAAACCUAGUAGUGCAUCAUAUAAAAAGAAAGCUAAAGAAAAAGAAGAAAGACAUCAAAAUGUAAUAAAGCACACGAAAAAUAUUGAGAUUUUUUUUUCCAAACCAAAAAGUGAUGAUUCGGAAUUGUCUACCGCAAUUAUUAUUCACAGUGUGUCUGCUACCGACCCUGUUCAAUGCGAAACUCCUACUAGUUCUAUACAGCCACCAGAUUUGUUCGUUCCCACGCCGUCUACUUCGUCAGCACUGUCAGCAGUAGAUGUUGUGCAGCAGUCGCAAAAUACAAUAAUUAUCGUGGAUUGUGACCCAGCCAAGUGGAGUAUCAAUAACGAAACACAAGAAUAUAUUGCAUCAAAUGGUUUCAAUCAAAAUAUCAACGUAGAUUUUUCAUUGAGUAAGAGAAUAUACCUCGAAGAUAAAGUCUCACGUUUUUUGACAAAAACAAUGUUUGAACGGAAAUUGUUAAACAGAGAAAAACGUUCAAGAAAAUGGCUUAUCUACUCUCCUAGCACAGGGAAAGUUUUUUGUGGACCUUGUUUAUUAUUCGGUGGUGGAACUAGCUUUGGAAAACAAGAUGUAGGUUUCAAUGAUUGGAAGAACGCGUCGAUUAGAUAUAGCCACGAAAACUCAUGUGAACAUAAAACAUAUGUUUCGGCUUUGCAACGGAGAUCUGACAUUGGCGGUCGUAUUGAUCAUGAGCUCGUCGCUCAAAUUCAAGAAGAGCUAACUUAUUGGCGUGAAGUUUUGAAACGAGUGGUUGCGACUGUAAAGUCUUUAUUAGCAUCGCGUGGAUUAUCUUUUAGGGGACAUGAAGAAAAACUUGGGUCUCUUCAUAACGGAAAUUAUUUAAUGACGCUGGAACUCAUAGCGGAGUUUGAUCCGUUUUUAAGUAAACAUAUUGCUCAAUAUGGCGGCAAGGGAAAGGGAUGUACCAAUUAUUUGAGUUCUACAAUAUGUGACGAAUUUAUUGAGUUGAUGGCAAAAAAAGUUUUAACACAAAUAAAAGAUGAAAUCAAGAUAUCAAAAUAUUAUUCAAUGAUAGUGGAUUCAACACCAGAUAUUUCCCACAUUGACCAAUUAACUCUCGUGAUCCGGUAUGUUAAAGCGGAUGGUACGCCCGUUGAACGUUUUCUGAAGUUUAUCGCACACGUCGGCCACAAAUCACAAGACAUGGCAGAUGCUAUAAUUAAAACAUUAGACAUGUUUGAAAUUAAUAUAUUGGACUGUAGAGGCCAGUCGUAUGAUAACGCUGCAAAUAUGUCUGGCAUAUACAAUGGAUUACAGGCGAAAAUAAAAGAACUAUGUUCCCUAGCAGAUUAUAUACCCUGCUCCGCACAUUCACUGAACUUAGUAGGUGAAUGUGCCGCUGAAUGCGUUCAAGAAACUUGUUGGUUCUUUGGUCUUGUAGGGGUUAGGUAUCGCAUAGAACACACACUGUAA